UUCAUUUGCGUAUGGGGAGUGUAGGACCCAGUGAGUGUCAGUCUCACCUGUAUAUCUCUCUCUCCUCCCAGUGAAUUGACGUCAGACUGAGUGCUAGUUUCAGGCUGACAUCGGGAGGGAGGCGCAGAUUCUCAGACACAGGGCUGGGCUAGCCGAACUCAGCGCCACUACUGCCUGUUCUGCUCUGUACUCAACAGGGGAUAUCGUCAAGAGUGAAGCAGUUGAAUCAUGAGCGGCUCGUUGUGUUCCCUGCUGCCCGGCUGCGUCCACCUCCUGAUCCUCCUGAGUGUGGACAGCGUGUCCCUGUCCAGGGAAGUUUGUUCGGGCACUGAAAACAAACUAAGUUUAUUGUCAACUGUGGAUGAACAUUACAAUAUUCUUCGCAGAACUUACAGUGCCUGUGAGGUAGUGAUGGGCAAUCUAGAGAUAACCUUCAUGCAACCAUACCAUGAUGUGUCCUUCCUUAAGAGUAUUCAGGAAGUUUCAGGUUACGUCCUCAUAGGGCUCAACGAAAUUUCAAGGAUCCCGCUGGAGAAUCUUAGGAUCAUCCGGGGUCACCAGCUUUACGAAGACAAAUUUGCUCUUGUUAUUUUGUUAAACUAUAAGCAGGAAGAAAGAAUCGGGCUUAAUGAGUUACCUUUAAGAAAUCUUACAGAAAUUUUAUCAGGCACUGUGAAAAUCGCCUCCAACCCGGAGCUCUGUCACUUGCAAUCCAUUCACUGGGAUGACAUUUUGGAAACGAGCCAGAUGGCUGAAUUGUCAGUAGGCUUCACUGCAAGGAAUUGUUCAAAAUGUCACACACACUGUCAAAAUGAAGCGUGCUGGGGUGAAGGUUUAGAGAACUGUCAGAAAUUUACAAAGAAAAUCUGCGCUCAGCAGUGUUCAGGUCGAUGUAGAGGUCCGAACCCCAGUGACUGCUGCCACAAUCAGUGUGCUUCUGGAUGCACUGGACCUAGAGAAUAUGAUUGUCUGGCAUGUCAGAGGUUCAGUGAUGGAAACACCUGUAAAGAGUCAUGUCCUCGAUUGGAAAUCUACGAUACAAGCAAAUUUCAAAUGAUACCAAAUCCAGAUGGAAAAUACAGUUAUGGUGGAACCUGUGUAAAGAAGUGUCCUCAUAACUUUGUGGUAACAGACCUUGGCUCCUGUGUACGAACCUGCAGCCCUGGCACAUAUGAGGUAGAUGAAGGGACCCUCAGAAGGUGUAAAAAAUGUGAAGGACCUUGUCCAAAAGAUUGCAAUGGAUUAGGAGUACCACCAUUCAAGAAUACAAUGUCAAUCAAUUCUUCAAACAUUGAUUCUUUUAAAAACUGCACCAAAAUUAAUGGAAACGUAAUCAUUAUGGAAUUGGCUUUCAGAGGUGAUCCCUUCACAAAUACAACUGCUCUGUCUUUAGAGAAACUAGAAGUCUUCAGAACUGUGAAAGAAAUAACAGGGUAUUUGUUCAUUCAAAGUUGGCCAGACCAUUAUGAAAAUCUUCAGGUUUUUGAAAAUCUUGAAAUUAUACGAGGCCGGACACAACAUCGUAGUAGUAUAUCAUUCGCUUUGGUGAAGCUGAACAUUACUUCUCUGGGAUUGCGUUCACUCAAGGAGAUUAGUGACGGCCAAGUAAGCAUCGUCAAUAAUUUCAAACUUUGCUACGCUGACACCAUAAACUGGGAGCAGCUUUUCAAAUCGAGCAGGCAGUCAUCGAAACUAACACAAAAUAAACCCAAGAAAGAAUGCACUGCUGAAAAAAAAGUCUGCCACCGGCUGUGUUCUGACAAUGGCUGCUGGGGCCCUGGACCCUCACAAUGCUUCUCCUGUCGUCAUUAUGUCCGUGAAAGAGAGUGUGUUGAGAUGUGUAACAUUUAUGAGGGGGAGUUAAGAGAGUACGUGGAUCAAACCAAAUGCAUUCGAUGCGACACAGAAUGUAAACCACAGAAUGGGUCCGAAACCUGCACUGGUCCUAGCAAUGAAAACUGUAAAGAAUGUGCUAAUGUUAAAGAUGGCCCACGGUGUGUAAGCAGCUGUCCCUCUGGAAUCUCAGGAGAAAAUAAUACUUUGGUCUGGAAAUAUCCUGAUGAGGAUAAGCAUUGUCAGCUAUGUCACCCAAAUUGCACCCAACAGUGUAAAGGACCGAGGCUUGAAGAUUGUGAACCUACUAGUUCUCGCAUCCCAUCCAUUGCUGCUGGAAUUGUCGGUGGCCUUCUCGGUGUAGUCAUGGUGGCUCUAUUGAUUGCAAUAUGCAUGAGGAGAAGACAUGUCAGAAAGAAGCGUACGUUACGACGUUUGUUGCAGGAGCGGGAGCUGGUUGAGCCUCUAACCCCUAGUGGAGCUGCUCCCAAUCAGGCCCUUCUAAGGAUCCUUAAAGAGACGGAAUUCAAGAAAAUUAAAGUGCUUGGCUCUGGAGCAUUUGGCACUGUGUACAAGGGCUUGUGGAACCCAGAGGGGGAAAAUGUCAAAAUCCCAGUUGCCAUCAAAGUAUUAAGAGAAGCAACCUCCCCGAAAGCUAAUAAAGAAAUUCUUGAUGAAGCAUAUGUGAUGGCCAGCGUCGACCAUCCCCAUGUUUGCCGACUUCUGGGAAUCUGUCUCACUUCAACUGUACAACUCGUCACGCAGCUGAUGCCCUAUGGCUGUCUGUUAGACUAUAUGCGGGAAAACAAAGAGCAUAUUGGUUCCCAAUUUCUCCUCAACUGGUGUGUGCAGAUAGCAAAGGGAAUGAGCUAUUUGGAAGAGCGAAGGUUGGUACAUCGGGACUUGGCAGCACGGAAUGUUCUGGUAAAGACACCGCAUCACAUAAAAAUUACUGACUUUGGACUUGCCAGGCUCCUGGAUGUGGACGAAAAAGAAUACCAUGAAGAUGGUGGCAAAUUACCCAUCAAAUGGAUGGCACUAGAAUCAAUCCUUCAAAGGACAUUUACCCAUCAGAGUGACAUCUGGAGUUAUGGUGUGACCGUUUGGGAACUAAUGACAUUUGGGUCUAAGCCUUAUGAUGGAAUUCCUGCCUGUGAAAUUCCAUCUAUCUUGGAGAAGGGCGAACGGUUACCACAACCUCCAAUCUGUACAAUUGACGUGUAUAUGAUCAUGGUGAAAUGCUGGAUGAUUGAUGCAGAAAGUCGGCCUAGAUUCCGUGAGCUGACUUCCGAAUUCUCCCGAAUGGCCCGAGAUCCAUCACGCUACCUUGUAAUUCAGGGUGAUGAUCGUAUGCAUCUACCAAGUCCAACUGACUCGAGAUUUUAUCGCACCAUAAUGGAGGAAGAAGAAAUGGAAGAUAUUGUGGAUGCCGACGAAUACCUUGUUCCUCAUCCAGGAUUCUUCAAUAGUCCUUCCACGUCAAGGACACCCUUAUGUACAUCAAUGAGUAUGACGAGCAACAACUCAUCAACAUUAAUUAGCAGAAAUGGCCAUCAAGGAAUGCCUAAGAGAGAAGACAGUGAAAUUUUACGCUAUAGUUCUGAUCCAACAAUACCCCUUGAUGAUGUUGAUAUUAAUGGAUGUUUCCAACCAGCCCCAGAAUACAUCAACCAAAUUAAAAGAAACCCACUUCCUAAUAACUUGAGAAACCCAGUCUCUGAUAUGGAAAACCCAGGCUACCAAGACCUUCUUAUGCCUCUCAGUCCUGCUACUGAUUCUCAUUAUUUGAACUCAUUCCCUGAUGCAGGGAAGAACCCAGAGUAUGUGAAUGCCUCUGAACCCAGUAGCAAAGUGGGGCUUGAGCAUCUGAAUCACUGGGACGGGAAUAUAACCCACAAUGUGAACCUGGACAAUCCUGAAUACCAGCAGAACGUUUUUCCGAAACACACGAAGAGUCAUGAUUGGGGAUAAAGUUCUGAAAUGUAGCAGUUAAUCAUCAUUGAGAUGAAACCAAAUUUUAUUCAUACAGAACAAGCAAAAUACUGCAGUUGCUGAAAAUCUGAAAUAAAAACAGAAAAUGCUGGAAACAUUCUGCAGGUCAGUCAAUAUCUGUAGAGAGGAAGAUAAUAUUAACCAACCUCACAGACCUCGUGACCUUUCAUCAGAACCUCUAUCUCCUUCCCUCUUCUCUCCACAGAUGCUGCCUGUCCUAUUGAGUACUUCCGCUGUGUUCUGCUUUUUUUCAUAAGUAUCCCUUUUUACAAUAUAAUACGACAAAUCUGUAAGAUGUAAAUUAGAUUGGAACUAAACGUAAAGAGUUUAAAUUUCAACUAUUUUUAAGCUAACUCAUUAUUUAUUUUACCAUUAAUUCAAUGAUACAUUCCUUCUCAACCUCAUAUUUGAGUAUCUUUGUUGAUCACCUUCCCUCAAAAAACUUAAAAUAAAGGACAAGAUUCCAUAUCCACUUUGUUACCACAGGCUAGCAUUAGUGCCAGAAUUAAGGCCUGUCACUGGUGAGACAGAGGGUCCAAACUUAACUGGUACCAUUUUCUUAAAAUCUGUAACUUUUAAAGACAAUGUAUUUAUCAUCACUAGAUUAUGUAGCAGUUUUUCCCUAUGAAAAUGACACACACCUGAAACAGGGAUGCUCAAAAUGACAGAAUGGGGCAGAGCAGAAUUGAACAUUUCUCCCCCUAGGUCAGAAGUGCACCAGUUGCUAAUUGCAAUAAUUAUGUACGUCCUCUUUUUUGCCCUCUAACUUCUCAGAUAAACAUUCCAAUCUAGGUGAUUUGUGCACCUGAUAUCAACACUCUGCAGUUGUUGCAGAAUGUUGCUUGGAGACAAAUAAGAGACCAUUUUAAAUGCAUUUGUUGAUAUGAGCAGCAGGAAUUCUCCUUUAAUUAUGGGCACUUGCUAAAUGAUUCUUAGUAACAGGUACAUGCAUGAUGAGCUAAAUGGUCUCCUUCUGUGCUGUAUCAUUCCAUGACUUUGUGAACAGUGAGACUAAUGAUCUUCCCAUCUUCAAUAACAUCAGAAUAUUCAAAUAAUAGUGCCAGGAUGGAAAUUGUCAAAAUUUAACAUUUAUAUGUGAACAAUUCAAAAUUUUGGGCCUCAAUAAGCUUUUCCCCCCAUGUUCCCACAAUAAUCUACCCCUUCAGGAGCCUCUUCCUUUUACCAAGUUCCACAGCAACCUGCACUAAUUUUCAUUUUUCCCACAAAUAAUCUACAUCCUCCCAUUCAUUUUGUCUCCCAGAUCUAAAUUUCCCUAUACUCUCUUCAUCAAACUCUAUACUUUAACUGAAACCUCAACUCCAUUCUACAUUAUCCUUCAAAUAAUCUUUUUCAUCUCAACAGAAGACAUUCUGGUCAUGGGUAAAGAAAACUUAAUUCCCAUCCAGCCUCUGUGUUUACCAAUUUCGGCAAGUUUACUUCAAAGCUGAAAUUUAUUUUCUUCUCUGUAAAUGACUUUUCUUGGUCAUUUUCCAUCACAUUGCCGCUGAGAAGGCAAGCAUGCAGACGACUGCCUCUAUUUCUUAUAACCAGCUGCUUGGAAGUGCCACAGACCUCUCAGUUGUGGCUGCAGGGUGUCACAUGGCUCAAGUUGGAAUUGAGCAGAAUGGGAUCAAUGGGUGGAAUUUACUGAGCUCCCCUGAGGCGAGUUUGGAGGCAGAGGGCCAUUUAAUUGGGUGGGAGGAUGUCAGGUGGGGACCCCACCUCCUUCCCACCUCCAUCCUGAUUAUAUCUGGGGCGGGAAGGCAAGGCUUACCACCUUGACGUCAAUUGAGGCCUUUAAGGAUUCAAUUAAUGCCCACUUAAGGGCUGCAUCUCACCACUGCUGGUAUCCAGCCUGUGGUGGGUGUUGUAGUGCCACUUGGGAGACCAAAAAGCAAACCCCGUCAUGUUUGCUUAUGGACUCCCAGAUAGGGUCCCUCAUUGUCAGGCACACUGUGUCUGAUUGUGAGAAAAGGGCGGCCUGCUGAGAGCCAGUCCCUGCCCUUUCUUCUGAUUUCCCCUGCCUCCACUACCCGUCCAAUGCUUUAUCUUCCGCUGAUCCAUGGUGCUGUGUUGAACAUUCCCAAUGCAGUACCCAGAGCUGAACUUUCUUUUGUGACCUUCCUAAUUUCCAGUUCUAUCUUCAGCUAUUCCUAACUAAUUUAAAAUGAUGCAUUAAUGCACCACUUCUACGUGUUAAUAAAUUUGAUUAAGAUAGGGUAUUGCUUCUGAAGUAUGGAAGACGGCUGAGUUAUAUGGAUGAAGGAUAAUAGAAAUGAGGGUAACUAAAAAUGUGUUUUAACAAUAUGGAUAUGUACCUUUUUUAAAUUAUGUACAUUUUUGCAGACAAAUGUUGCUGAGAUUUAGUAAUUUAAAAAAAGAAUUGUUGAUGUGAUGCACUAUUUGUAUAAAAGUAAAAUCCCGUCUUUUUAUAUGAUGUAUUGAUAAUAGAAAACAUUAUAUGCUUAUAUGUAUAUUGUGCUCCAAAAGAAAAAUGAAAUGCAUGCCACUGUGUAAACAUUUUUAAUCACUUGUCAAAUAUUUUGAUUGCUUCUUUGAGACAAGACAGACAUUUACGAUUUUAAGCACAUUAACUUUGAGGUUCUGUUUGAAUUAACAGAAAUCUCAUCACAGUUACUUAAAGCAAUAGGUUAUUCUGGUCUUUCUGUAGGUGAGCAUCACCAUGGAUCACUGCCAAUCCAAUAUCACCUGUAUUUACCAUUAUACAAGCUCUUAGCAUAAAAACCAAUUACAUGCUGUAUUUACAGGACAAUUUCAUUUUUGCAUGUAUAUAUUUUACCAGAUUUAUUUCUUUUCCACAGAAAUAUGAAACCACUAGCUCAUGAAAUAAAAGGGUUGUGAAACA